AUGACUGAGGUCGGGCCUGCCGACCGCUCCAGGCUUUUGCGAUCCAAACGCGAUGAAUUUAGUUCAAUUGUAACGUCGAGGAAGCGGAAGCUCCGUCAGCUCUUCGCUGUCGCGACCGAGGGCGAUGCACUCCCCACAAACGACUUCGCGAAUCCCGACGCGCCGCCAGCCACCGCAGCCGAAAUCCAGUUCUUGCAAGGCUGCGAUAUCUCACAAGGACGAAAGCUCAAUGAAGCGAAUCUUCCUGCUCGGCCUCAACUGCGCUACGAUGUCCUAAGACAGUCCCUCGAUAACUCUGGCCUCUUUGCACCCGAGCCAGCGCCUGCUCCUCCCGCAAAGCAAGACGCUUCCCUCCCCGAGCCCCAAACGAAGAGCGCUCCUGCGCCGUCGCCAAAGCCGGCUGCAGCUGCAUCUAGCGAUCCGAAUGGCGCUGCAUCUUCACCUCGAACGCCUGCGACCUUUACCCUUCCGCCCUCACUUCCACCAAAGCCCCCGACGCCUGUGCCUGCUGCGGCGACGCCGAAUCGACCCGAUGCUUCCAAGCCGCCCACGUUGGCUGCCUCAGGUCCGCCGCCGCCAUCACCUGUAGUCGUGCCCACGAAGAAUCCUUUGCACGCAUCGCGACAAGAUGCUACUGAGACAACAGGUGCUGCACUUGUCGAAAAGCCCGCCCCAACACCCCUGCGAGAAAACCCGAAUGGCAUCCCGAAGAAGACCGAACCACGAAAGGGCGAUGCGCCAAAUGAUGCGCCUACGCAAUCCGCUGUGAAGCCACCCGUCGCCCAGCUUCCCGCUCGUCCAGACUUGAAGAAGGCCGAGGAUACGACCCCUGUAGCUUCCAAACCUCCAUCCGACUCAGCAAAGGUAGUCGACGGAGCUUCAUCGCCAGGCUCAACGACGCAAACGGCCGCGACUCCCGCUGUGCAUGAUGUUUCGACUGAUACGAGCCCCGAAAAUGAAGGUCCUCAGUAUGUGGAACGGCAGGCGACAUCUAAUGAGGGGGCGACAGCAGAUAGUGCAGAGGAGGCCAAGGGAACCGAAAGCGGUGCUUCCCCUGAUGAGGAUUCGCUCAACGGCAGAAUACCAGAUGGGCCCGAAGCGCAGCUUCUGCAGGAGUCUAUGGCGAUGGGCUCUAAGCCAACACCGCCUGUGAUCGAAACACCCGCGAAGAAAGCUUCGUCUCCCACGACACCUGUGCUACCCGCUCCACCUGCGGUUGAACUGAACACUACAGAGCCCACCACCGCAAAGGUCACUACACCAAGCGCGGCCCAGACUGCUGCUCCCACCGCCGAGCCGCCUACGGACCCGUUGGCCAAGGAAAUUCCGGACAGCCAGGAGUCUCAGGCUCCUGAGAAGAUGGAUGUGGAUCAACCAGCCCUGGACCAGUCUGGGGGAAAACCUUCCGUCGAGGUACAAGAGGCACCUGUUGGGCCCAGUCAUACAGAGGCACAGACUCCUCAAGCUUCAAACCAGUCUCCACAGACGCCGCAGGAUCCAGAGCGAGCGGUCACUCGAACAGCUUCUGGCACGAUUCGACAGAAGUCGGUGGCCGAAAUAUUAGGAGGAACAAGCCCAGAGACUCAAGUGACUGCCAAAAUGCCAGCAAGCCAACUCACACCUCUCACCUCCACGCCUCAGUCUCCGCCUUCGAGGCCAAAGACAUUUGCCAACAAAAAGAAGGACAAGGAAAAGGCAAGAAACAAGCCUUCUGAAGUCGUGUUUGGUAAGCAGACCAAACGAUCAGCAGACAAGUCUUUGGUGCCUAGCCAGCAGAAGCAAAGUUUUCUGCCGACAGACGACUAUUUUACACCACUCUUUGUGCAAGGUUUUACGCAAACAUCAAAGUGGAUGAAGCCGAUAGAGGUCAUCCUCAACCAGUCUCACAAAACGGUUUCCACCCCAGAUGCCUACGUCGCCAUACAAGACAAUCAGGCAUGUCGAGUGCUUCGUCGUGUGUAUCACCUGCAGCAGCAUGACAAAUGGUCACUGCGACAGCCAAAGAGGUGUCCGGAGCCUAUCCGCCCGGAAUCUCAUUUGGAUGUGCUGCUUCAAGAGAUGAAAUGGAUGAGAACGGAUUUCCGGGAAGAAAAGAAAUGGAAACUUGCUGCUGCUCGGAAUCUCGCGCACGCCUGCGCCGAAUGGGUUGCUUCAAGUGAGGAAGAACGCAAGGAGCUCCAAGUGCCCGCGUACAUUCCGCCCAAGGAGCAGCCAGUCCAGCCUGAGACUGAAGGCGAUACAUCCAUGGCCGACAUCUCGUUGGAUGUGAUCGAUGCACACGCAACUCCCGAGCUGGUACCUUCAGGUGACCUGGAUUCACCCGAACACAUCGAAGAGCUACGGGAGGAGAUUCUUGAGACUGUAGCCCCGUCUGCGAUCUUUGCUCUGGAAGAUGACGACGUUGUUUUUGAGCUUCGAAGUUCACCGACCGCAGACCAGCUGCUUCAGGAGCUUCCGAUGUACGGAACACCACUCAAGAUCCCGGCGUUUGAUUUCACUGUUCCCGAAUUCGACCCCGAUGCGCACUGGCGUCGCCCUGCUCUUCCUCUGAGCAAGUACGUGGAAGGCGAGAUGAAGCUUUCUUCGGACGGACCCCCGAGAAAAAGGAGUCGAUACCAGUAUGAAGAGGAGGAGGAGGAUGAUGACGAAAAGGUCGUGUUCGGAUCUCAGCCCGCAAAGAGGAUGAAGUUGCCACCGCAGAAUGCUAAUGUGGCCCUAUUCAACCCCGAAAUGAAGCCCAUCAGAGACCGUCUCCACGCCGGCCAUCAGUUCCGCCCGCCGGCGGAAUACCAGAUGCCCAUGCAAAGCUUUUACGAAUGCCGCAGCCCCUCGCAAUGGACUUUGGCAGAGGAUGACGAGCUGCGAAGCCUGGUUCGCGAGUACUCAUACAACUGGUCGCUCAUUUCCAGCCUUCUCACGCCUAGAUCCGUGUUCACAUCCGGAGCUGAGCGGAGAACGCCUUGGGAGUGCUUCGAGCGUUGGAUCAACCUGGAAGGCCUUCCGACGGACAUGCAGAAAACGCAGUACUUCAAGGCGUACCAGAAUAGGAUUGAUGCUGCCAACCGUGUCAUCUUGCAGCAGAACCAGAUCGCGCAGCAACAAGCUGCCGGCCAGGCGGCGGCGCCGACAACGCCGGUCGCAAGACGCAGACCGUCAACGCCGCUCAGGGUUGAGCGACGACGCAACCAGAAGCAUCUUACGCUGAUUGAUGCUAUGAGGAAGCUGGCCAAGAAGCGCGAGACUGCGGCCCAGAAGCAGCAACAUGCCACCCAGAUGGCAGCCAUGCGAAAGGCGAACGAGGCCGCGCAACCCAGAGGACCCACCAAGACACCUAGGGAUUACAGCUUGAUGAGGUGGGAGCGCGACCAGCAACUUGCCGAGAAGGUGGCCCAGUUCCAUCAGCGCCAGGAGGCUCAGAGACGCAUCACCAUGCAACAACGAGGUCAGGUUGCCGCCCAGAUCGCUACGACACCCGCCGCAGGCCAAGUACCGGCAGGCGUCGCGGGUCAAGUCAACGGCAACAUGGCUCGUCCCAAUAUGCCUAAUCAGCUCGCUGUUCCGGGCCAAGCAGGCCGAGGUCGCAUGCCCAUGCAGGCUCCGACCGCCAAUAUGGGCGGGGUUCCUGCUCAGAUAAGUGGCCUUGUGCCUCCCAUGCCAAUGAACGGGGCGCAGACGGCUCAGAUGCAGGCGGCUCUGCAAGCUCAGCAUAGGAUGCCGAUGCCCAACCCUCAGCCUGAUGUUAAUCUCAUGAUGCAAGCGCGGCGUAUCUCAGAGCAGCAGCGACAGGCUGUUCAGCUACAACAAGCUCAACAGCAAGUCCAGCAACAGGUCCAUCAACAGCAGCCGCAGCCGCAACACCAGCAGGCCCAACAGCAGCAACAGCAACAGCAACCGUCUCAGCAGCAGCAGCAACAACAGCAAAUGCACCAGGGAACACCGACGUCUCAUGCGUCUCAGUCUCACUCUCCGCCAAACAUGCGGCCCGCGUCAGUUAAUGGCGUCCACGGCGCCAACGGCGUCAACGGCGUCAAUGGCGUCAAUGGUGUGAACCAGCAGAGCUUCAUUGCCAAUGCUCAGGCCAAUGCCCAAGCCAUGAUGGCAUUCAACGCUGCUAAUGGUGGCGGGGUGGCUACGUCUCCUGCUGGUGGUCUCCAUAUGCCCAACGGCACUUCGGGCUCACCUCGCCCCCUCACACAAGUGCCGCCGGGCAUUCAGCAACAGCUUAGCAACCUGGAAAACCAAUAUCGGCUCAAGAACCCGACCUGGACACCUGAGCUCGUGCGACAACAUGCUACAGAACACCUUACUCGCCUGAUGAUUCAUCAAAGGACGACCAUGUCGCAAAAUGCCAUGAAUGCGGCUGCUGGCGGUGGAGGCGCUUCGUCUCCGGGUAUUGCCAACGGCAUCGCUGCCACGACCAGCCCGCAUCAGUAUGCUGCUCUUCUAAGACAGCAGCAGCAACAGCAACAAGCGGCGGCAGCGGCACAGAAUGGUCAGGCUCAGAAUGGGCAACACCAGCAAGCUCACCAACAGCACCAUGGCCAGCAACAGGCACAGCAACAUCAUCAGCAGCAGAAUGGUCAACAGCAACAUGUGCAGCCUCAGCAUACUCAACACCAGCAGCAUCAAGCGCGGCCUCAAUCCGCACAGCCUCAGCACACGCCGCAGCCUCAGCAGGCUCAGCAGGUUCCAAAGCAGGCUCACACGCCGCAGCAGGCCCAGCAGAUUCAACGGCCCCAGUCAGCUCAAUCGGCUCAGGCUCUCCACGCCGCACAGUUGCUCCAGGCCCAGAAGCUACAGCAAGCUCAAAAGGCCCAGCAGGCUCAACUUGCGCAGCAAGCUCAGAAGCAACAGCAGCCACAGCAACAGGCCCGACAGUCGCCACAGGUCCAACAGGCCCAGAAGGCGCAGCAAUCGCCGCAAGUUCAGCAGGCUCAAAGAGCGCAGCAGUCGCCGCAGGUCCAGCAGGCUCAAAGGGUGCAACAAUCACCCCAGGUCCAGCAGGCACCAAAGCCACAGCCAUCCCCUCAGGUUCAGCAGGCCCAACAGCUUCAUCAGGCACAGAAAUCACCGCAGGUUACCCAGCAGGCUCAGCCGCCUCAGCCGCCUCAGCCCUCCCAGCAGGCUCAACAGGCUCAACAGCAGACACAACAGAAGGCUCAUCAGCAAGUUCAGCAACAAGCCCAGCAGCAGGCACAGCAGCAGGCUCAGCAGCAAGCCCAGCAGACCCAACAGCCGCAGGCUCAGCAAGCUCAACAGCAACAGGCUCAGCAAGCCCAGCAAGCUCAGCAACAGCGCCAAGCCAGUGGAAGCGCUACACCAUCUGCUACGCCCGCGCCAUGA